GUGAAUUCAUUCUCAUUUCUUCACUUACCUCACCCAUUGACUGGGCAUAGACCACGCUACUCUGGUUCAUAACACUGUUUGGGCAGGGACCACAGUUCAGAAAAGUAUUCACUGCGGGGGAGGCGUCAUUCUGAUUGCAGGGCGUGUUGCCAAGAGAUCAGCACAAUUCUUAUCCUCUCCACUUCUUUUGCCAGACCACAACUACAACUACUUACUAUCUAGCUCAACCGUCCACCAUCUGCUGAACCCAUUCUUUGAUUCUUUAAUUUCAGCGUACCUGAACUAUCCUUGUUGUUGCUGCUUCUCUUGCUACCCCUAUUUGCUUUUCAAAACCCAGUCAUAGAUUGUCUGCUGCUAAAAUCUGGUCGCCUUCGGGUCGGUUGUGGAUUCGACCGGCUUUGCCCGCGCCUUUGCCAUCUCGGCUCUGCCAGCAACUAUGGCUUCAGCCAGCCACGAUGAGGAGAUUCAGGAAGUCCUGGAGGACAUCGAGCUUCAGCAAGUCAUCUUGCAAAGCUUAGACGAAGAACGUCCGGAUGCCCAGGAAGACAGACAGGAGAUCCUGGAUGCCAUCGAGGACCUACAGACGCGACUGGCGGUGCUACGCCGGCAGCCCAUCGGCGGCACGACCGAUGCAUCUCCGUCCCAUUCGUCGAGGUCAUCAGUCUCCCGUCUUGACAGUGUCCCUACUUUCCCCCUGGUCAAUCCCACUGCUCCCUCGCGUAAUGUUGAGUCAUCUUCCCGUUCUCUUAACGUUUCUUCUCCCAAUUGGUCUAGUCGCAAACGUCAGUUGUCCACGUCUUCAGUCGAGAAUGAGGACGAUGACUCCGAUGAUCUCGAAGCACCAAUCAGGCGAGAGAAACGAGCUCGUCAUCGUUUGGGUCUUGGUUCUAUCUCAGCUCGUCGUUCGUCCGAAGACGAAUCAGAGGCAGAAGUUGACGAUGGUAAUGACGAGCUGCGCAGGAUGCUAGGCCUCGACAGCUUUCGUGCAAUGCAGGAAGAGAACAGGCGCGCAGAGCAAUGGCUUAAAGAGCAGAAGGAGCAGGAACGUCGCGAUGCAGAAUUCGCACGUCAGCUUUCGAUGCAGAACGACAGUAAUGCGCCGCAGUCACCGUCGACCCCGUCGACUCGGAGCAAUUCGCCUCCUUCUCUUCCCCAGUUCUCUUUCGCAGCACCAGGCACGUUCCCUAUGGGACCUCAACCGCCUGCUCGCCAGCCACCUGCUGCUGCUGCUGCUGCUCCUGCUCACUGGGAUGGCUACAGAGACUCGGGAAUUGUUACAUUGCCGGACAGUGAUGAUAGCGAUGUUGCAGAAAUCGAUCGCCAGGAUUUCAGACCCAAUGUUCUCCGUCCCCCAGUCUCACCAAGAAAGGGUUCCUCGGCCCUUUAUAUCUCUUCCCAACACAGUGGAUAUGCAGCCGGCUCAAGUCGAAUGGCCCAGCGUGGAUCUCUUCAAUUUGGGCCGAGAGUUCUGCAAAGUACCAUGGCCCGAUUAGGCUCUGGGAUGCUCGAUAGUAUGUCAAACACCAUAUCCCAAGCAAACAGAAUCAUUCUCGGUUCGUCGGGCUUUUCGUACCUGGGUCCCGGCGGCUACGAUUCGGCUUUAGAUUACAUGAACGAUAUGUACGGAUAUGGAGAGGAUCCAAAACAGACGAAAGAGGAAAUCAUGAAACUGCUAGAGUCUAUCCGGCCUGAUUCCGAAAUAUCCAAAGAGAAUCGCGAGGGAACUCCCGACGCGCUCAAGUUUACACUUUUGGAACACCAGAAACUCGGAUUAUCUUGGAUGAAGUCAAUGGAGGAGGGGAAAAAUAAAGGUGGAAUCCUUGCCGAUGAUAUGGGUCUUGGAAAGACCGUCCAAGCUAUCGCUUUAAUGGUGUCACGACCUUCUACUGACCCCGAGCGAAAGCCAACCCUGGUCAUUGCUCCCGUUGCAUUGAUCCAGCAGUGGAAAAGAGAGAUACAGAGGAUCCUUAGGCCUGGCAAGCAUCAACUUUCAAUCUUCGUGUUGCACGGCGAUAAGCGGGCCACAAGCUUCAGAGACUUGAAGGAUUACGACGUAGUUCUCACCACGUUCGGCACUUUGGCUGCUGAAUUCAAGAAACGAGAGAAAGCUGAUGAGGUCAACAAACGAGAACCGGACCUAGGCAUGGCUCUCUUGAAGAAGCUACCUUGUCUUAGUCCAGCCUCCAAAUGGCAUCGCGUCAUUAUUGACGAAGCACAAUGCAUCAAAAACCGGAAAACGAAGUCGGCCAUUGCGUGCUGCAACCUCAAUACCACUUAUCGGUGGUGUAUGACGGGCACCCCAAUGAUGAAUUCAGUCGAUGAACUGCAUUCGCUUUUGAAGUUUCUGCGGAUUCCCCCUUACUGUAACCAUGACAAUUUCCAGCGUACCUUCACAAUUCCUUUAAAGGGUGGUCCCUCUUCGCGCGAGAAGACAAUGCAGGCACUACAGGUUCUGUUGAAAGCAGUCCUACUACGGCGUACCAAGACCUCUAAAAUCGACGGCAAGCCGAUCCUCCAGCUUCCGCCGAAGGUUUCCGAAAGAGUGCAUGCUGUCUUUAGUGAGGAAGAGCAGGAAUUUUACAAUGCUCUUGAAACCCGCACUCAGCUGCAGGUUAACAGAUACAUCGAGGAGGGAACCAUGGGACGCAAUUACUCCAGCAUCCUUGUGUUGCUCCUCCGACUUCGCCAGGCGUGCUGUCAUCCGCAUCUAAUCAAGGAUUUCAGUAUUGAGUCUCCCGUGACCUCAGACGAGCUGGAUCUUGUGGCCAAUGCUAAAGCUCUUAGUGAGGAUGUUGUCGCUCGUCUGAAAAACAAUGAAGACCUCGAAUGUCCCAUUUGUAUCGAUGCCGUCGAGAACCCUGUGAUCUUCUUUCCUUGCGGCCAUGGCACGUGUGCGGAAUGUUUCUCGAGGAUUUCAGACCCUGCACUUGCGGUCAGAAACGGUGUCGAUGGCACACUUGAGAUCAAAUGUCCUAAUUGUCGCGGCCGAGUUGAUCCCAAGAAGAUCACCGACCACAUCUCGUUCAAGAAGGUGCAUUGCCCUGACUCGACCGAGGCAGAGGAAGAAGCUGCUGCGCCAACGGAAGAAGCGCCGGCAGAAGGGGACGACAGUGACGACGACAGUGAUGAUGACAGCUUGUCUCGGUUCAUCGCCGAUGACGAUGGGGAUGAUGACAGCGGGUCCAGGAAAUGGAAAUCCAAAGGGAAAAAGCCGGAGAAGACCAAGAAAACACUUGCAGAGCUUCGCAAGGAUGCUCAGAAGAACCAGAAGGCAAAACGCAAGUAUCUGCGCCGCCUUGAGAAGACUUGGAUACCGAGCGCGAAAAUUGAGAAGACGAUGGAAAUUCUCAGGGGCAUCAGCAGCAACGACAACGAAGAAAAGACCAUUAUCUUCAGCCAGUUCACAUCCCUGCUCGACCUGCUUGAGAUCCCCAUCGCGCGCGAGGGCUGGGACUAUCGGCGUUACGACGGCAGUAUGAAGCCGGCGGAAAGAAAUGCCUCUGUGCUCGAAUUUACCGACAACCCCGACUGCAAGGUCAUGCUGGUCUCCUUGAAGGCCGGCAACUCCGGCUUGAACCUUGUCGCGGCCUCCCAAGUGAUUAUCUUCGAUCCCUUCUGGAAUCCUUAUGUCGAGGAGCAGGCUGUUGACCGUGCUCAUCGGAUUGGGCAGAUGCGCCCGGUACAGGUCCACCGCAUCGUUGUGGCGGGCACCGUUGAGGAUCGCAUUCUUGAGCUGCAGGACCAGAAGCGGGAGCUUGUCGAGGGAGCCUUGGACGAGAAGGCCUCGAAGAAUAUUUCCCGGUUGGAUGCCCGACAAAUGCGCCAUCUAUUUAAUAUCCACUAGAGCGGCGAAGCAGUCUUGAGAUGUGAUUCUGACUGCAGGUGUCAGCAGUUCAUUCGGCGCAAUCGUACCAGUACCAUCACGAUACCCUUAUCUUCCUCCAGCCGUGUUGUUUUCCGUGUUUCAAUGUUUUCUAAUUGGGCGUCUCAUUUUCUAACGACAUGAUUCCAUAUACCCGGGUUGGAAAGGAUGAAUUUAGAACGUCUACGUUGAGUUUCGUGCUCUAGAUGAUGAAGGCCGGUUCAUCAGGAACGUACCUACCAUAGAGCCAUAGGCAACUAAUGCACGCGCG